AACAAUAACAAGUCAGAAAUAGGUUAAUACAGCAUUUCUGUAAUAUAUUGUUGUUAUUGUUAAUCGAUUCUUUAGAGUUUUAUUAGAAAUACAUUACAUAGGAACAGUAAAAGAACGUUUUGUGAUUUUGUGACAAUUGGUGCUAAAUAUUCAACAUAAUUUUGAGAAAUAAGUUAUUGGUGAAUCAUUGACUAUAAAUUAUCUAAUAAAAUAUAAUAUUUGUAAACAGUGAAACCGUUAUUGCACCGCAAUUAUUGGUGAGAUAAUUGGUCGAGGAUAGGCGAGGGUGCGUUGGGGUGAGGAGGGCUGCGUCACGUGCGAGGUCCGCACUCCGCAGCCCGACGCAUGCGAGACCGCGGGGCGCCGGCAGCGCAGGCGCGCCCCCCAGCCCCCGGCCUCCCUCAUCCGUCAGUCUGCCGCUGGCCACCGCGCGCCCCGCCCGUUGUGUUGCGCUGAGUCGCGCGCCGCGAGUGCUCUCCAAGUGAUGACGACUUGUGAAUAGUGCGAUGCUCGUGCUGCGCUGUGCCCUGUUUGCGGCUCUGCUCGCCGCUGCCGCCGCUGCCUGGCAGGAGAACGUUCGCCCCAAGGUCUUCGCACAAUUAGGGGUCGACGACACGCACAAGUUUCUUGGAAAUGAGACACAUACAGACUUCUUCAGAUUAUUGUUACGAGAUGGAAAUUACUUACUCGUUGGUAGCAGAAAUGUCGUCUACAAUCUCAGUUUAACAGAUUUAACAGAACAGAGAAGACUGGUGUGGUAUUCAUCCGAAAAUGACGUACAAAUGUGUGUCGUCAAAGGAAAAGAUGAGGAGAGCUGUCAGAACUACAUUCGCGUACUCGUGUCUCUCGGCACGGGACGGCUGCUGGUCUGCGGCACCAACAGCUUCAGGCCCUUCUGCAGAGAGUACAGCGUGCAGAGAGACUCCUAUCACAUGGAGAAAGAGAAAUCCGGUCAAGCGGUGUGCCCGUACGACCCCGAGCACAAUUCCACUGCUGUUUAUGCCGAUGGAGAACUGUAUUCGGGAACAGUGGCAGACUUCAGCGGCAUGGAACCUAUUAUCUACAGAGAGCCGUUACAAACAGAACCGUACGACUCCAUGACUUUGAAUGCUCCUGAUUUUGUGAAUUCGUUAGUACAUGGGAACUUCGUCUACUUCUUCUUUAGAGAAACUGCUGUCGAAUACAUCAAUUGCGGAAAAUCGGUAUUCUCGCGCGUUGCUCGCGUAUGUCGCGACGACCGCGGCGGGCCGCAUCGUUUCAAGCAACGGUGGACUUCGUUUCUUAAGUCAAGACUGAACUGUUCUGUUGCUGGGGAUUUCCCUUUCUAUUUCAACGAAAUCCAAUCAACGACGGAGCUGAUUGAAGGCGUUUACGGUGGCUUAAACGCUCAAUUAAUUUAUGGCACAUUCACAACUCCUCCUAACAGUAUAUCAGGGAGUGCAGUUUGCGCGUUCAGCAUGCAAGAUAUUGCUGAUACUUUUGAAGGAACUUUUAAGGAACAAAGUGCAAUUAAUUCCAACUGGCUGCCAGUAAAUAGUGCAAAGGUACCAGAACCUCGACCAGGUACUUGUCACAACGAUUCCAGACAAUUGCCAGAUCAAACAUUAAACUUCAUCAAGACUCAUGCGUUGAUGGACGAAUCAGUUCCAGCUUUCUUUGGAGAGCCAAUAGUUAUAAGAACAAGUUUCCACUAUCGCUUUACGCAAAUCGCUGUGGAUCCUCAAGUGAAAACGCCUGGUGGAAAAGCGUACGAUGUUUUAUUUAUAGGAACUGAUAAUGGCAAAAUUAUUAAAGCUAUAAAUGCCGUAUCAUACGAUUCAAACAAGCGUGCAGUACCAGUCGUUAUUGAAGAGUUACAAGCUUUUGCUGCUGGUUCUCCUGUUAGGGCAUUGAGAGUAGCCAGGGCUGGUCGUGAUGCAGCAAGACUCAUCGCCGUAUCAGAUAGAGAAGUGCUCAGCCUGAGACUACAUCGUUGUUCCAGUGACAAGAUAAGCUCUUGCUCGGAAUGCGUAGCGCUUCAAGACCCAUACUGUGCCUGGGACAAGCAGGCAGGCAGGUGUCGUGCGUACUCUCACGGGGUCAGUCGCUGGCUGGAUGAGAACUCAUUUUAUCAAAGCGUCAGCACAGGAAGCCAUGCAGCUUGUCCACAUAGUAAAGACGCAGGUGCUGUAGGAGGGCUCAGCUCGGGGUUAUAUGAUGAUGCAAGAGGUGAGAAUAAGGGAGAAGUCAUCAACAUUGUGCAGGAUAAAGAUGGCAAAGGAAACAACAAUAACAACGAAGGUCCUGAAGUUCUACAAGCAGAUCCACCGCCCGCCGCUUAUUCUGUAGAAACACUAGCGCUAGCAGUCGCAGCGGGAGCGCUUGCAGCGCUAGGUGCUGGUUUUGCGGCCGGCUACAUAUGCGGCAGACGAUGCAAGAAGGACGAUGACGAUAAUAUGCCUUAUCCAGAUACGGAGUAUGAGUAUUUUGAGCAGCGGCAGAAUAUUAACAGAAUUCAAGCCGAGCCGAAGCUCCUACAGCAGGUAGAAGAGGUGACAUACGCGGAGCCGGUGCUGGCACCACAACCGAAGCCUGCGUCUCCACGCGCCACUCUGCGCAAGCAUCCCCCCUACCACCCCCACCACGAGACCCUCUUCCAGUUCCAGCCCGAUGCAUACCGCCGGGACAACUUCGGGACGCUUCGCUCCCACCAGGUCAAUGGCGAUGGGUACCGGCGUGGGAACGACAAUGGCUUCUCGACCACGCGCUCAGUGAAAAAAGUGUACCUCUGAGAAACAAGUGGGGCGGACGCGCGCGACCAGAUGCACCAUCAUAAGCAUAAUACGCACCACCACCAUACGUUGGUGUCGCAGCGCAGCAGCGGGUCAGGCUCGGCGUCUGCGAGCGGGUCGUCAUCGUCGCCUUCACCGCCCUCGUCCUCGCCGUCGCCGUCGGGCGAGCGUCCACCCACGCCCCCGCCGCCCGCGCCGCAGCCCUGCGCGUACAUCUACCGCAACUAGCGCGCCCGCCCCGCCCCCUCCGACACUUCCCCCGCGGUUCUCCAACGCCCGAACGGACCUCCACCGCGUUCCGUCGUCGACCCGAGCGCCUUCCCCGUUCGGCUCGCCGCGAACGUGCGAUAUGAACUUUUGAAACUCAAAAGACAUUCCAGAAUGGUGCGUGAUCGUUAUUCGAACUGUAAUGGAUGGAUCACAUUGUUAUUGUACCGAUUGAUAGUGAUUAGUAUAGCCGACCGAGCUGACUGACGGCGCACGAAGCGAAACGUGAAUAUUCAAAUUUCGAAUCGAUAAAACUUUGACCUAUCGACCGUCCGUAAGCGAAGUAGUUGAAGUGAAUAAAAAAUUGAAUGUUCAACGAAGUCGUCGGUCAGUUUCGCGCGAACGAAGAACACCUGUUCGCGAAUGUAAUGUUACGACGCGUCGUACAAGUGAGCUGCCUAUAAAUUAGUAACUUAGAGCCUAUUUUACAAAUUUCUAAAUUUGCAAGAUAGGCAAAGAAUAUAGCGUGUUGUUCAUGUAAUUUGUUACGACUUGGAUUGUAAACAAAGUCACCGUUAUCGUGACGGAAAUCUCUCUUCCAUGAUAAAUAUACGUACUCGUCUUUACCCGAAAACAAGUCGAUGGUACAUCGGAGAAGAUGACAAAAAUGUAUUUUUUUUAAACGACAGAACAAUAUUAACGAUAUGUACGAUGAAAAAUGUAACAAAUUUGUAGAUUGUUUAGAAUAUACAUAGUUUACUUAUAUUUUAGGUAAAAAUAUAAGUUUUGUUGGUACCAUGUUGAUGACUAGUUAGUGUGGAGUUGUUGGGGACAUUGCAAGUUUUCUUUUAAUAUUUACUCUACGAUAAAGAACGAAGGAUUAAAAUAAAAAAUUGCAAUGAACUCACAAAUCGCUUUUUACUACUAUUAGUAGCACAAGAUUAAGGUUAUAUUAAGGAAUUUCUAAAAUAGAACAUUCUAUAUAAGUCGAAAACAUCGGGCGGGAAAAGUACUUAAACCUUAACUUUGUAAAGGUUCCAGUAUUCAGAUUUAAUUUCUCUUAACUGCUGCGUGAUAAUACUCCUGAUAAGAAUGUGUCGCAUUUCACAUAUCUUAACAAAAAGUUAAAAACGAAUAAAAUACAUUUUAACCGCACAAUAAUUGAUGUUUUCGACUUAUAUCGAGAAAAAAAAAACGUUUGCGUUUUAUAGUAAGUAAACGAAAAAGAAUAAAGAUAUGAUAUAAAUUAUAUUUACCAUGUAUAAAUAAUAUGUAAAUUCUGAUAUUCAUUCAUUGAUUAAAAAGUGCUUCUUAUGGGUGUAUCUAGAUUAUUAGGGGAUCGUUUUGAUAAUUAUUCGAUAAUGUUCUAGAAAUAGUGAUUAUGUAUACAUAGAUACUAGAGCGUAAGCGCACUGCGGUGCAAUAUUGCCAAUUUAGAGUGUUGGUAUACGCCAUUUGUAAAGAUGCUGUGAUCAAACGAUCAUUGUGUACAUAAGUAAAACGUUAAAGCUAAACGCACACAGUUGUUUGUUUAAACGUCAAAAAAUAAAUAACUAUGUACGCUUAACUUAAUAAAGUCUUCUUUAAAAUAACCGUUGAUUCUAAAUUUAAAAAAAAAAUCCAUACACGUGGGCCAAACUUUAAAAAACUCUGUUCUGAAACGUUCCUGUUGCUAUUUUAUGAACACAAAAGCUUUGAUCUAGCUAGCGAGUUGUUUUGAAAACGGAAUGUUUAAUAAUCAUUUUCGCUAAUUGUUGACAAUUUAAUGUGUGUAAAGAAAAUGUCAAUUCUAUUUGUAAUGAUCUAGUGCCUAAGUGUGUGUGGCAAGAUUGUAAUUUGUAUGUUGUAUCGUAAACACUAUUGGCUUAGUCACACGGGUAAGUAUUAUCGCGAUUAAAUAAUUAAUGAUUCUAUCAAUAAGUAAGACUGCACCGCAAAACAAAUUUAAUCACUAAAUUGUGUAAAAAGACACCAUGAAAUAGAAUAAUAAUCACAGAAUGAUACCUUAAUUGUAUUAAUAAAAAAAAGUACUUGCGCGUGUUACUAAACAAGUGUCAACGCUACACUGCUAAGUAUUUAUUUUGGUUUGAUGUUAUAAUGAAAACUAGAGUAGCGAUAACAAUAGCUGAGAAUAAAUAAAAAACCGCAUAAGUAUGUUAACUUUUUAUAUAUUAUAAUUCAUAAAAAGGCAUUCUAAAUAUUGCCUUGACGUAACAAUACUCACAUUAUUUCACACGAAUAUACCAAAGAUGCCAUGACUUUUAAUAUAAAUAAGUAU